AUGAAUAUGGACUUCGUCGCAAGUUCAUUACCACACGUGUUCAAUCGUGACGCGAUUCACAACGUCCGUUUCGAAGUAAACUGGAAACACAUCAAAGAACGUCGCCAACGACUCAUCCAGAAACACACUGAUAAGGAAAACGCGACGCGUGUCCCUCAUCAAUACAAUGUCAACGAUACUGUGAGGUUUCAACAGUAUCAGCACCGCAAGCACGGUCAGCCAAAGUACAAAGGUCCUUACAAUAUGGACCGAGUCAAUAACAAUGGCACUGUACGGCUCCGACAUGCUACCGCCAAUGGCGGCACAGUCUACCAGACUUGGAACAUAAGGUAUUUACACCCAUACAAGGCCUGA